AACUUGCCCCAAGUCCAUUAGAUUGACGCCAAAGUGGCCAAACCCACUGAAAACUGAACCCGGUCAUCGGUGGAGGAGGGAGAGGGUUCUGAUUGGACAGUGGUUAACCGCUUGUGAUGCGGCGAUUCAUUAUGAUGGGGCAGAAACAGAGUCUGAGACGUUUCAGCAGCAGCGCCAGAUCAGUUAUGAGUUUUGGGGAUGGCAGCCAUGGGGCUCUGGGCUUGCCCUCCUCCCUAAUUGGCCUAGGGGGCGACGCUUACGAACCCACGCCCGUUCCAGGGCUUCCAUCUGAUGUUUGCAGCGUUAGUGCCGGCCACUACCACUCCCUCGCCGUGACCGCACAAGGAGAGGUCUGGGCUUGGGGCAGAAACCAUGAAGGUCAGCUCGGCAGAGGUCUUCUUGCUCCAAGAGAUUCAUGGAAUGUGCCAACGAGAGUAGAAGGGUUGAAUCAAGUAAAAGUUCGAGCUGCAUUUGCAUCUGGUGUCAUUUCUACAGCCAUUGGAGAUGACGGCUCUUUGUGGGUCUGGGGAAAGUCUAAGCAUGGGCAGCUUGGCCUUGGAAAAGGAAUCAGUGAGACUGUAGUACCUUCCAGAGUUGAAGCACUUGCAGGAGAAAAGAUAGUUAAGGUUUCACUUGGUUGGGGACAUGCUUUGGCACAAACUGAGGAUGGAAAAUUGUUUGGGUGGGGUUAUUCAGCAGACGGUAGAUUAGGGCAGGUUGGGAAAGCUUUGGAGGUGUUUCCACUGAAUUCAGUUGCAGAUAGGGAACUCUCAAGUUUGGAGCUGGAAGUUGCUGAAAAGAUGGUCUUGAAAGGAAUUGAGAAGGAGAAAAACAUGCCUAUCAUCUGGGAGCCUAGUCUGAUCGAAGAAGAAAAUGGUGUUGGCAUCGUAGAUGUGGCAUGUGGGCUUGAUCAUUCCUUAGUUCUUUGCGGUAAUGGCAACCUAUUAAGCGGUGGGAGCAAUACUUAUGGUCAGUUGGGCAGAGUGGCACAAGACUAUGGAAUGGUACCAGUUACUACAAGUUUCAUUCCGAUAUCUAUAUCAUCAGGCCUUGGCCAUUCUUUGGCAAUUUGUCAGGUUGAAUCGUCAGAGGCCAUAGGAGGUGCCACAAGCAUCAUUUCAUGGGGAUGGAACCAGUUUUUUCAGCUUGGGAGGGCAGGGCCCGGGAGCUGUCCAAUGGCAGUGAAGGGGUUGGCAGGGGAAACACCAGUUGCGGUAGGAGGAGGACGUGCACACUCCAUUGCCCUCACAUCUAAGGGAGAGGUGUGGGUUUGGGGUUGUGGCAAAAGUGGUAGGCUUGGAUUAGGAAGCUCUACUGAUGAGGUUGAGCCAAGCUUGCUUGAAUAUUUGGAAGGCUCUGAGGUUCUACAAGUCGCAGCAGGCUUCGAUCAUAAUCUAGUCCUGGUUGCUAAUUGAUCAUUCUAUCCUGGUUGCUGAAUGAUGCAGUUUGAAAGCAGAGAGACUGUUAUUGAAUCAUAGCAUGGGUUUUGCUGUUUCAAUAUUUCUGUAUUAACUUAUUUAUUCUUUUUAGUAGAAUCUAUGCUUACAUGGGGCUUCAUCAUUCAAUGCUUACUUACCUUUUUAA